UCUUUGGGACGGAUGUUUUUGAUAUCAUAUCAACGCGCAUCUACCUGGCGAAGAUUAAGUUAUUUGUCUAUAGCAUCACGCAAUACAACUUGUUUUUCUAUAAAUAUCAUCAUGCUCAUUUUCUACUUGUCAAACCUACGCAUAAAUCAUGUGUUUGAUCCAUAUCAUCAUCACGCGCACAACUCAUGAUCAACUCUCAUGAAAAAAAAUCUGCGAUAGGUAUGAUUUUGACCACUAGAAUCAUGCUGCAAGUAGAGUCUCUGCCUUCUUUCUUACCUCGUUACACGUAUACCGGAUUUUCGAAGCGCGUAUACCAGCUGAUCAGUUCUUAUGGCGAAGGCAACUUACGUACUAUUAUAGAAAGAGAACGAGCUGUUUCAUAGUCGUGAAUGCUCACCUCCUCGAGGCGAGCCAGCUCCUAUCCUCUCCUAUCCUAUCCUAGGUGAAGCCCCAAGAAGAAGGAAGCUUGUGCUCUAAGAAAAAGAAGAAACCAUAAUUUACAAGAGUAUUGCCAAACUCUCCGCUGCCUCUAACGAACUCCUCUCUACCCCUAAUAACAAUAACUCGUCUCAUCUACGAAAUCUCCUUUACCUCUUCUAACAAUAACUCUCCUCUACCUAUGUAUCCCUCCCCUAUUAACAAUAACUCGUCUCUACCUAACGAACACUCCUCUACCUACCCCUAUUAACAAACUUGUCUCUACCUACCCCUAUUAACAAACUCGUCUCUACCUACCUCUCCUAACGAACUCUCCUCUGCCUACCCCUAUUAACAAACUCGUCUCUACCUACCCCUUGUAGCAAAUACCUCGUCUCUACCUACCUCUUCUGGCAAAUAACUCGUCUCUACCUACCUCUUCUAGCAAAUAACUCGUCUCUACCUACCUCUUCUUGCAAAUAGCUCGUCUUUACCUCUUCUAAGAAAUAACGCUCUGACCCUGAUCAAUCUUUCCUUGAGCUUUGUCGAACAUAACCGGUCGUGGCAGAAAAACGAGAGGGCUCUCGCACAUUUUACCUCAGCGGUCGACCGAGACAAAUCGCAACUAGGGAUGACCUACUCUUGGCCCAUCAAAUCUCGAACCUGACUCAGCAGCGAAGAUGAUUGGGUCAUUACUAGUCAGUUUAGCCGUCCUGGCUUGGAUGGGAAGUGGCCAACGUCGCUUGCGCGGUUCCCGUCAAUAGUAUGGAACACACAUCACUUGUUUUUUGGGUCUUCAGUAGCCAGCGAUGUCUGCUAGUUUUCCUAGUGGGCCCACACCUAACCUAACCUGACUAAAGCUGUAGCACACGUAUCACGCUUAUAUACCAAUGACUAAAGCUGUCACAGCGAAGCACACAUAUCACUUGUUUACCAAUGACUAAAGCUUCCCACUGUUUAACUGAUCAACGAAGUAUCAAGUAGUCCCUGUAGAUUGUCAUCAUUAUAUAUAGAAUAUAUUUUUUUCCUACUGACUAAAGCUGUAAGUUGUAGGCACAGGCAAAGACUUUAAAGCUGUAAGGGAUGAAAAAGAAGCAGGAACUGAAACAAUGAAUGAGGAGGCUUCUUGUAGUAUCUUUACACUCUUCUUUUAGUCUACAAGGUUCGGAUAAUUCUUAGAUCAAAGACAAUAUAGGACGAUGCACCAUAUAAUGUAUGUGGUCCACGUUGUUCUAACACUACAGUUGACUUUAGCCUGUAGUCCACCACUUCACUGGCUAAGCGUAGUCAGGCUUUCACAUUUUUCAACCUAUUUGUAGGCAGUUUUGUCUACUCUUACUUUGUAGCUCCACUUUUUGUUUUUUUUUCGGUAUUUUCCUUUUCCUAGUUAGGCUGAAUAGCUACAAACCUUUCUGGGGUAUUGCUUACUGCAACGAAGUUUUGUUCUAUAUCAGAGGCACAGCGAUAGUGCUUCUAAGGACAACUCUUAUUGGGCUCAUUCACUCUUCCAACGUCUUCCAGUGUAAUACCAACUUAUAAGUAGAUGCAGUCGUCUUCUAAUCGUAAUCCACAACUAUACUGUACUAAGUAGACAACGUCGUCAUCUAGUACUAGGGGAAUAGUAUACACUCUUAAGGGGUGGCAGUUGACAUGUCUAUGAGCAUCUCUAUGAUUUCGUCAAGUAGGAAAGCCAUAGAUGUGCGAGCCAGAGCGGUUAACUUUCAACCCCUAGCACUCAUUUCCCCUCUAACGCCUUCCAGUGAACGGAGCGUACGUGUACGAAAAUGGUACGGCCGCUCAUACGACGAUCGCGAAUGCAACGGCUUCUAAUGCGGCCGCUAAUACGACGAUCGCUAAUACGACCGCCUAUACAACGACCGCUAAUGCGACCGCCAAUACAACGACCGCUAAUGCGACCGUUGAUACAGCCAUCGAUGUUAAGGCUAACGCCAAUACAACGACCGCGAAUGCGACCGUUGAUACAGCCGUCGAUGUUAAGGCUAACGCCGAAGCAUGUCGUUGACACCAUGAUCCUAGAAUCUCCUUUUGCUACUUCUACUUUCCACUAUUACUUACUUUUUUCUACUUUUCUACUUUCUACUCCUACGUUUUUCUACUUGUAUUUUCUACUUGUAUUUUCUACUUGUAUUUUCUAUUUGUAGUUUCUACUUUCUACUUGUAUUUUCUACUUGAAGCAGAUGCGACCGUGAUAGCUCUAAUGAAGAUGUGAGCGCUGACGCGAGCGGUGAUGUGACCGCUUGGGAUCCAUCGGAUUUCUACAGUUUUUUAGCCGCGAAUGCGUAUAUGGAAGUGCCUUCAUUUGGCGAAAUAUUGUUAUGCUGCAAGUGUCGUGUAUUAGUAUUUGAUUCGAUAAUAAUGAAGGUCGCCAUGAACACUCUCUACGCCAUGCUAUGAAGCCAGGGCUACAUGGUUUGAAGUAAGGCAUCACUGCGUGUAUAAUUUAGUAGUAACAUCAGACUGCAUCUGGACUCUGUACCCCUCGAAUGGGUCUACUACUAGUACUACUACUAAGCUCUCUACUAUGAAGCCAAAACCUGUUAUCAUUAUCACACUUUUCUACUUGAGAAGCUUGGUAAUGAUGACAGAUUUUGGCUUCAUAUCUACACUAAAAUACUUUGUUCCUGUGAAGUACCUAUACCAUAAUAGGAUGUUUGCUGUAGCAUGUUUGGCGUGCCAACAAUUAGUAGUAAGUGUUGAGUUUAUUAGAGUAAUCAGGUAUAAAUGCUCCACCUGCAGCAACCCAGGGUGGAGCUGGUUCAGCCUGGGGCUCGCUCUGGUUCAGGCUGGAACGUUCGCAAUUUUUUAACUUGUUUGCGCUCCGGUCCCACCCUGGCCCAGGUUUUUGCAGUAGUGUUUGAUUUCGCCCCAAGCCUGUCCAGAGGGGAAAUUCUCCCAACCUGAACCAAGUCGCGGCCGCGAUAAUUAAUUAUGCCAAAGGUUGCGAAUGUUAUGCGCAUCCUUGGUGAUAGACAGGGGGCGGGCAACCCUCUCGAGGGAAAAGCGGCAAGCCUGGGGGGCCUUCUGUUUAGGCACCUUGGUACCCCGGCAGGCUUGCCACGGUUGUGCCUUGAAGUCGGUACGGCAGGGCCAAGGGGCCCGUAUUUACUGGCGACUGAGUGCCUUUGGGGGACUCAGCGCAUCUUCCCUUUCUGGCUGGGGGUGAGCAGCCUGGGGCGGCAGGGAGACAAAGACGAGCACCGCCCGGCGGCGCUGGUCUGCGACCGCUGGUGCAAGUUGUUGCGCCGUGUGGUCUUGCUGUCUCGCUCGCUCUUCCACCAAGACCGAAGCGCCAGCAAUGAGGACGCGCCCCAAGCGAUGGAGGAAGUGCCCGCGCUUGGGGUUUGUCAGUCGCUCGGCGGUGGCUCCUUCGCUGCGUGUGGCAUUCCAACCAUCGCGAACGGCCGCGCGCUGUCGGUCUCAGAGGGAGGGAGCGGGCCUCUGCUCUUCGUUGUCAUACUCGUAGGGGUGUGGCUGCUUGUGGCUUUCUCUUGGUCGACUCUGCUGGCCGGGGGAGUGGGCCUUGCUGCAUCCUUGAGAUCGCCCCCCUCCCCGCCAAACUUUUCCAAGGGUAGCGAGGCGCAUGUCGAUUAUCGUCUUGAGAUCUGCGACCAGCGUGCCGCUUUGCUAGGUGUCUCUGGUCUUUGCUUGCCUCUUUGCUUCUCUCUCGCGUUCAGUUUUGUCUGCGCUCGCCCUUUUCUCGGUUCCUCCAGUCCACCUCCCAUCCCUCGGGCCCUUUCGCUUCGGGCGCCCUCUUCUUGUUCUCAGUUCCCCCGCCUCUCCUGUCUUUCUUCGCCUCCCCUGCUCUUCCCCCUCGUCCCCUUUUAUUUCUCCUCCGUGCGCCGUUCUUGAUCGCCUUGUCUGCCACCCAUCCCCUCUUCUGGUCUCGGCUUUCCACUCUGGCCCACUUUCUACUCUGGACCGCUAUCGUACCGUGGGCCACUCCAUAAAGCUGUUUUUACUACACGGAAGGUAAGAAAGGAGUAGAGAGGCAGACAUAGAGACAUGGCUUUACUCUUGUCACUACUGAGCGAGGCAGCUACGUGCCGCUGCGUAGUUUCGUCUCCAUUCCAAUUUGCUUUUUCCUCAAUUCUUAAUACCGAAAAAGAAAUAACUAUAACAGCCGGCUCGUUUUCCCUCUGAAUCUUAGGCUUCUCCCAUCAUGCAAAAUAGCCACGACCUUUAUUAGCAUUGAUCAGGAACGUAUGUCAUGGCUAGGAAACCUCGAUAUCACGACUCCUGAUUUGUCGUGGCCCCCCUUAAUUUCAAGGGAAGUCGCGAGAGAUCUAGAAAAUUUAAGCACUCAGAGCGGGCACAUGACAGGAAGUAAGCGGACACGUACCUCCAAGUAGUCAAAACUUUAACUCCGUCUCGUGAGUCCCGAGGCCACGCGUGCGCUUAUUCACUCCUAGAUAUUUCCUCUACACAUUUUUACUUUUUUAGUAGUAGAGCUCGCUCCAUCAUACCCACAUUCACUCACAUUUUUAUUCCGUAUUUAGGGAUAGUGAUAAGCGUAAGGCCCAACCACUUUUAUUAGUAGCUAGUAUACAACGAAGAUGACCCUGACCCGAUCAGUAGUAUACAACGAAGGUGGCCUUGCUCGGGCUUCUAGGUAUACUCUAUAUUCUCAUAUUUUCAUCAUGGCACCACCGCUGAUAUACGAUCAAACGAGUUCACUAAAAGUAUCGACUUGUUAGAACAAAUGUAGCACCACAACCUAACCGAAUCUCAAAAUCACGGCACCAAUCAAAAUAGGUGAUAACAUCUGUCAUAACGAUAUCUCGAGCUGUGCAUCAACUUCGACGUCUAGGUAAGCGAUUCAGCCAUUUAGCAACUUCAACUCGAGCUGUCCAUCAGCUUCGUUCUAGGAAAGCGAUUCAUCAACUCGAGCCGUACAUCUAUCCUAAAGUUGUGAACUCAUCGUUCUUAGUAAAAAUCAUCUAUUUAUUCACGAUGAAAUUAUGAUCAUCAUCCUUACCGUUUUUAGUAAAUUCAAUCAUCAAGAAAUGUUGAACUUGAAGAUGACAUCGCUCUUGGUGCUAUCUAUCAAUCAUUUACUCAGCAGCCAUAACCUAACCUAAGUAUAUUAAUGUUAAUCCAUAACCUAACCUAACCUAUUUCUAUUCAGCCAUCUUGUACUUAAGCGACUCUAACUUCGGACAGCGAAGGAGUGGAGGUGGCGGAAAAAGAGCCAUCGGACGAAAAGAGCAUCAUAGAGAAGGCCAAAUUACGUCUCUUAUGGAAUGUCUAUACAUCUAGCUCUAGUGUUGCUUUUUGUGUUUUGAGUUUUUUUUCCUAGUUAGGAAGGCUCCAGCGGUCUCUUGUGGAGUGGCCUUGUAUAAGAUCGCCAUGGUAACUUCUACGGUGGUCGCGAGUGCCCAUAUCAGGGGCACACGCACUCAUAUGCGAAGAUCUUGUCUCUCAGAUGGCCAUGCUCAGUCUGUCAUAGCAGAAGCAGAAGUACACACAUGACAAGGAACACGUCACCACACGAGUAGAAAAGGAGCCUAAGGAGGUCCACAGAUCGCGACUCACGGGUAGGUGAGCCCUCUAGUCUAUCGGGCACCUAUAAUAGCAUCUAAUUACUGUAGUUACUCUAGUCAUUGCAGGCACCUAUAAAUAUAAUAACAUCUUCUAAUUAUUGAUAUUGUAGGUGUAUGAUAUCCUAAAUUGUCCGAAAAUUUACCUCUAAGACCCCUAGGCCUGCGCACCAGUGACAGCGACCACAAAGGUGGGCCGCACGCUCGGCGACCGGGUGGAAAACGCUCUCGGGCAGAGUCAACUUUAGGCCUUCAGCAAGACUUCGUUCUUAGUAGGGGUAACUAGUAGAAUUCUACCAGGGGACUUCGAAUUUCCAAGAAUUCAACAAGACCAUGACAGGAAUUUCUAAGUUCUUAUAUAUUUUGAGUGGAGAAGAUAACUCGCACUCGGAAAAUGGUGUCAUCUCUCAUCAGAACACUGAACACAAGAAAAGACGAUAUGAAUAUUAGAGAAUAUUAGAGAUGAUAACUGUUCUUUUCGCUUUUCUAUCUUCCUCGGGUCUUUCUUUUUCUAGUUAGGUCUGCUCCGCCACAAUAUUACUAGAGAAUAUCAGAGAUACAAGAUUUCCAAGCUCUUGUUGAUGAGUGGAGAAGAUACCUCCGUAGACUGGGUGGAAACUAUAACUCUGUAGACCAUUGGAAGCUUCCAAGUUCUUGUUCUUGAGUGAAGCAUUGAUGUAAAUUUAAAUUCAAUUAUUCUUUUCAAAUUUCUCCGAAGACUUCUAUGUUAGAUAAGUAUCUGGAUGACGUUUUUUCCAUCCUCACGACCAUUCUGGCAAUUAUUGCAAGGGGAAAAGCUGCCAGUAUGGUCUGUCUAUAGUUGGAAAAAGCAACAUGUUCCAUGAUACGGUAUCAGCCUAGAUGGAAAAGACAUAUAGUAAGUGACGCAUCUACCUUCAAGAACGCGGCUAGUGAGCGUCUUCUUGUGAUCUCUAAUGCGGAGUGCUCAUCUGCAAUCUAAACCGGCGACGAGUGUCCUGGAGACUGGGUUGGGGACUGGUUUAGAACGUAGACAAUCUUCUGACGAAAAAACCAACGAGAACGAAGGUGGAACGUUUUUGGAGCAGCAGGAGGAAGGUGUCUGCGACAAUCUUUUUCUAGGAGAAAAAGAACACUGCGAGCAUUGCAAAGAAAAAUACCUGAAUUCGGCUCUCGUUAAUGACCAGGGCUUAUUUGACAACUGCCGCAAAUUUCCGCAGUGCGAAAGCGCACCCGAAAGCAAGAAAGCAGCAUGCCUUCACUGCGGAGCCACGUACGAAGAUACUUCUUCUCCCGAGUACAAUGCUUGUGUCCAUCCUCAGUGCGAAACGAAGAGCGACAAAGAGAAAACAGAAUGCCAGUGCCAAAAACAGUACUUAACAUCCACUCCUCCUCUCGCGUCCUCUUCAACUAGGUCGUUGAACCAGGCUUGUCUCAAGUGCCAGAACGAGUCCGAUAAACUGGAUUGCCAGUGGUGCAACAUAAAGUACAAAUUCGCAGAGGCAAUCACGAGUUGCCGCGACUAUCCGAUGUGCGAACUCGAGCAGCGCAUGAGGAAAGCCGAUUGCCGUGCGAAGAAUAGAAAAAAACAACACGUGAAUCGCUCGUCUAGUAGUCCUGUCGAGACCGCUGACGCAUCACUGGUAGCAGCUCGUAGUGGUACAUCACUAUCAAAAGGUAGUAGCUCAUCUGGUUCUACCGAAGCGUCCAAGAAGCCCCAGACCUGCACAGUGCGGAUCCCGCCUGGAUUUCCUGACAAUGAGCUUGGAGGCACUGCGAUAAACCUCGCCGCGACUUCGGAACCUGUGCUGGGACUGAGCGAGGCCUUUCGCGUCGAGUGGUCCGGAGUCUUCAACGAAUUCGGCAAAUCGGAGAAAAAGGCGAUGAGAAAUCCACAGCCAUUAGGGCCGACGCAGACGAAAUCCGAGGUGGGGCAGUUGACGUACAAAGACACGGACGAAUUCAAGACUUUGGUCUCGGAGACGAUGGAAGCGGCGCUGAACAACAAGGGGCUUGCAAAUUGCAAGCUGAGUGGAUUGGGUCCGAAUCAGUUCGCAAGAAUAGCGUACAUGACUAUGCCUGCAGCUGCGAUGGACUCUAUGCGAGAUCGUGUCAAUGGUGGCGAGCGUCUCGCCGACGAAAACGUGUGGCCUACCUUCAUGAGUGCGGCCUUUGCCUGGUGUCCCGAAUAUAAUAACGCAGCCUCGACGGAGAGCCAGAAAGCGGCGCGCACAGCCGAUCCAGUGGAAGUGAUGGGAAAAGCCGGGAGUGCAAUAACGCCUCAAAGCUACUCAAAAUUGAAGCAGAUAUUACGAGAUAGUUGGAAGAAGUACUUCCAACUCGAACUCGCUGGCACUGGCUCGAAAACUCCACGGUAUCCGAAAAGCAACAAGUUAUGGGACAAAUCAUUUGUUUGUGAAUUACAUUUAGCAGCAAGAGAGACUAUGACCAUCCCGCUCAAUCGGUAUUUAUGAUAUUGACUAAGCACCAAAACGCAUUUAUGUGUAGUCGUAACCUCCCUAGAGCGUGUGGUGCUACUUAUGCUCUCCACUUAUUGACAUUUCCACUUAUUCCACAAAGUGCUACCUGAUCCGAACUGCAACUCUAAGUCCAGGUGGCUGCGGCUCAAUCAAUUUGAAUUUAGUCAACCAAUCUUUGCAAUAGAUUUAUGUAUACUCUUUUUUUAAAAUCAAAAUACACCAUCAUCCUCCCCAGCUCUCUCAUGAUGUGUCGAUCCCAGAGGCUGGAUUAGCGAGGUAACGGAGGCUGCAUUUCUUGUUCAUCGGCAAGUAGAAGAGCACAUGAAACCGAAAUCACUCGCAAAGAUUCAGAUUCUUGCUGCUGCAGGAUACAACGCAUUCGCGGAAGUGGCUUUCGAAUCCUUGUGGAAAGCGAAUGAGCCGCAGAGCACAGCACAGAGGAAGCAGCUUAAGACUUAAAGAAUUCCUAUUUUUUGACCUUUUGAUAUGGUUGAAACAAAAUUGAACUCCUUCAAAUUCUACGUCUAAUACGGACAAUCCGAAAAUAAUGGAGGGGCCAGAGACGUUCCUUCUAGCAGAGAUGACGGAGACUGGAGUAGCAAAGGACUAUCUGUGGUCUAUUUUCGAAAAGGCUGCGAACGCAUUCUACAACGAGAAGGUAAGAUAUCCCAUAAAUUAUCCCAAAAAAAUCAUAUCCUUUUCAACAUUUGUGUCGGUUAGUUUUCCCUCAUUUUCAUCCUAGGUUAGUCCCUCCAAUCAACGCGUCGCCUCCUUUUGUAAAACGUCAUGGAAACACAGAUUGAUAAUGAUAUGCUCCUCACCACACGACCAAAACAGGGUUGGGAAAUAGAGGAUGCAGGCAAUGCCGAAAAGUUGUCAAAGGAGAAUGACCCAUUGACAGAAGCUGAGGCAGGACCGCCUUCAUCGGAACCGGCAACGCAGGCUGCUGGGCAAGAGUUUGCAGCUGAGGACGUGGCCACUCCCUACCCAGCGGGUCCACCAGAGCCACGCUGUGUAGACAAGUCGGCAUUGGACAGCGUCUGGAAAUGGCUUCACGAGCAUUGGAGCGAUUUCUUCACGCGUUGCAGUAGCCUUAUGGUCAUGUGAAUUGGUUUCUACUUUGUAAAAAUCUCAUGAACUCGUUUCCCACCAGAAUUCGUUGAAGACUUUCAAAAUAUUUUACAGAGAUUUUGAUUUGCUUGAAAGUGAGAGAGGAAGAUGUUUGUAAAAUAGUGAUCUCUGCUCGUACACUGCGGCGACUGCCACUUCAGAGUAAAAGACGGUAUUUAUAACUUUAACAAUUUUUCAUGCAUGAUGUAGCGGCAGGCUGACGCAAGGGCCUUCGCUACAGCUUCUAAUAUUUGAGACGCGGAUGGAAGUACUUCCAAAGAAGUGGAAAAAGUCAUCCACGAGCUGGGGUGUCAGGACGAACCAUGUGACAAGCCCGUCUUCUUCACUAUCGCCAUGGAUAAAAAAUUCGGCGACACCACAAAAAAACUAGUCCGCAGUCAAGCCAUAGAAGCUGGGGAAGCUGGGGAGGCCCCGGAAGGAUGGCCGAAGAAACAGCUGGUAGCACUGCAAUCGCCUGAAGUGCUGGGACGCAUUGCUUACGACGCAAUGAGUACGUUACGGCGUCAUCAGAAAAUAGAUAAAUUUCAUUAAAUAUACCCUAUUCUAUUGUUUUACUUACCUCAUUGUCAUUCAGCUGUUGUUCGGCUUGUUGUCGGGGACGGUAUGUUGAGGCAUCAUGGCAUCGAGCCUUCACCGCGAUCCCUUUUCCACAAGAAAAUUGCUUUUCAAAACAAGGGAUCCCCCUUUCAGUAGAAACGCGAGGAUGUUGGAUCAUCUGAAACAUGAGGAUGGCUUGUUUGUUGAUAUAGGGUAAUAAAAACCUUGUAGGCUCUAAUCAGCGUGGCAUUGGAGCAGAUAGUUCUUCCGCCAGGCGCUGAGUUCGAGACAAAUACCGACGAGAAGGGCAACGCCAACUACUUGUACACGGCGUUUCGCGAUGCACUCCACGCGAUUUCCGGAACUUCGAAUUCGAAAAACGUCGACUCAGCUGAGACAACAUUGGACAAGGUGAAAAAGGCGUUUCGGGAUUAUUGGUCACUUCUCUUCCUCGGCAGAGAACCAAUCAGCCAAUAUCACGCCUUCUUCAAGGGGGAGCCGCCGGAAAUUCCUCGAGGAACUUUUUAUCGGGGAUCGCAGCCGAAUAUGGAAAGAGUGUAUGAAGGAAUGGUGGCUGCCGGAGGAUGGAGUCAGGAAAAAGCCGACGGUAAGAAGGCUCGCGACGAACGGGAGAAUGAACGGAGGCUCGCGGAGGGGCGCAGGAUCAUCAGUGAGAGGGAAAUGGUAGAAGCGGCAAAGAACUCAAAUUCGAAACCAGUGGCGAUGACAAUCUUUCUGAAACUGAGGCUGAAGGCUGUGUUGGAUACGGUACCCGGAUGGAAGAAAUUGGAUAUGGCAGAACUUGCGGCCGUGGCCUACGAUGAGAUGGCGAUCGCCGCAAUGAGGAUUUGCGCCGAAGGGAGACUCUGGAACCGGGAGCGCGACGGAUAUGGACACCCCCGCAACGAAGUAAUUUAUGUGCAAACGUUUUUCCAUCUCUCUGACCACCCUCUGUUCGCGUCUUACAUCCGUGAAGAGAUCAAGAAGAUAAGAAAUCAAAAUAAUUCUAGUUUAGUUAAAGUUCAUUCUACGCAACAUCGUGAUCACCAUAGAAUGAGGAAAGGCGAAAGGAUCAAACGAGAAUGGAAAAAUCAAGCACAUUCUAAUCGGCUCGUGGCGGAGGCUCUCAGAUAUUAAGGACAGGCACACUUGCGAACAUGUUUGAAAUCUCUCAUUUUCCUUGCAGCAAAAUUAUUAGUCUGCGCGAUCAUAUCGAGCCCUGUUGAGCGCUCGCUUUAGAGAUGCAAACAAUACUCGUUCCGAUCAUGUGGUCCGUCGUUAGUCACGAUCUAUUUAGAACUCUAACCAAGACGUUCCAUGCGACGGAUUACGAAGAACCAUUUUGGCGUAAGUUUAGCGAUGCCGCAGCCCGCGAAACGGACGCGGGAGACAUCUUUGGCAAGAAGACGCACCACGAAACGACAAUGGUACCAUUCGAAGCAUGUGCACGGGACUGAGAUCAUCCCCAGACUUUUUGAGAAAUACAAAUGUCAGAUUUGUUGAGACAUUCUAUAGUUAUAUAGUAUAUUUAUAACUGCUUUAUGCUUAGAGACCAUCUCUACGAAGUCUAAUUAUAUCUCAAUUUUUUAGAUUGCGGGAGUAAACGACGAAACGGGCUCAAAAAUGUUCUAUGACAAGCAAGAAUCCUGGUGGAACGCCGCGUCCAAAGCAUACUCUGUCGCCACUCGGGGUAUCAUUUUCUUUUGCUGGCGACAAUGAUAGAUUGUUUCCUACGCGUUCGCGAAGACAACAUUUCUCCAAGUGCCAUUUUUAUCACCGACAUCAUGUGUCUUCGUUGGAAAACGAAACCAUGACGCAGAACAGCAAAGAAAUAUUUUGACAGAAGGUGGGUAGCUUAUCCUUCAAUUGAGCUUCGUUUUACAAAUCAAAUCAGAGGACUGCGCAGACGAGCAAGUAGCGUUAAGGCUAUUAUUUCCCUUAAGCGCACAUCCUCGACGCCAUCAUUGUGGCUUUUUCCCAUUGAUUUGGAAAAGGGGUCAACGAUGCUGCUGAGGACGCGAAUGCGAUAGCUCCAAUAGCUCUAAUAUCGAAGCAAGGGCCAGUUACUGCUUCGAGUUCGACAAAACGCGUGAAUCAAGCCGCGGCAGGUCUUGCCCAAGGGGCCCCUGCGCUCUACGAUGGAGCCGGCGGCCACAAGAGUGAGCAGCAGCUGAAUACAGAGGCCGCAGUGGGGGCGAGACGGAGGUCCUCAACCAGUUAA